AUGCAUAUCUCAGCCAAACUCCAGGCUGCCGCCAAGGAGAAGAAGUCGACCUACUCGUUCGAGUUCUUCCCUCCCAAGACGGCCCAGGGUGUACAGAACCUCUACGACCGCAUGGACCGUAUGCACAACUUUGGCCCUUCGUUCAUCGACAUCACAUGGGGAGCAGGCGGCCGACACGCCUCGCUCACCUGUGAGAUGGUCAAGGUCGCCCAAACCGUCUACGGUCUCGAGACAUGCAUGCACCUGACUUGCACCGAUAUGCCCAAGUCAAAGAUCGACGACGCCUUGAAGGAGGCUCACGAUGCAGGCUGCACAAACAUCCUCGCGCUCAGAGGCGACCCGCCGCGUGACAAGGAAAAGUGGGAGGCCACUAGCGGAGGCUUCAGAUAUGCAAAGGAUCUUGUCAAGUACAUCAAGGAGAAGUACGGCGACCACUUUGACAUCGGUGUCGCUGGUUACCCCGAGGGCUGCGACGACAACGACGACCCUGAAGAGCUGAUCCAGCACUUGAAGGAGAAGGUUGAUCUUGGUGGCACUUUCAUCGUCACCCAGAUGUUCUACGACGCCGACAUUUUCCUCGACUGGGUCAAGAAAGUCAGAGCCGCUGGCAUCGACAUCCCCAUCGUUCCUGGCAUCAUGCCCAUCUCGACUCACGCCGCCUUCCUCCGACGCGCCAACUGGUCCAACAUCCACGUCCCCCCUCACUGGCACGAGGCUCUCGAGCCUGUCAAGAACGAUGAUGCCGCUGUCAGAGAUGUCGGCACUGGUCUGGUUGUCGAGUUGUGUCGCAAGCUGCUGGACAAUGGCAUUUUGCACUUGCACUUCUACACCAUGAACUUGGCUCAGUCCACCCGUAUGAUUCUGGAAGAGCUCAGCAUCACCCCUUCGCAAGAGACCCCUCUCGAGAAGCCCCUCCCCUGGAGGCAGUCUCUUGGCCUCAACCGUCGCGACGAGAACGUCCGUCCCAUUUUCUGGCGCAACCGCAACCGCUCGUACAUUGCCCGUACACAAGACUGGGACGAGUUCCCUAACGGUAGAUGGGGAGACAGUAGAUCUCCUGCUUACGGAGAGCUGGACACUUACGGUAUCGGUCUGAAGGGUACCAACGAGCAGAACCGCAAGCUCUGGGGAGAGCCCAAGUCAUUCCGCGAUGUGGCCACUCUUUUCGCCAACUACAUGCAAGGCAAGGUCGAGUCCCUGCCCUGGAGUGAGAGUCCCAUCACCGACGAAGCCGAUGCCCUUCGCCUUGACCUGAUCGACCUCAACCAACGUGGUCUCUUGACCAUCAACUCGCAACCUCCCGUGGAUGGUGCCAAGUCGAGCCACCCUGUCUAUGGAUGGGGUCCUCGUAACGGUUACGUCUACCAAAAGGCUUAUCUCGAAGUUUUGGUCUCACCUGAACUGAUUUCUGAGCUCAUCACUCGUAUGGAGCGCAACCCCAACAUUACCUACUUUGCUGUGAACCAGCACGGUGACUUGAAGACCAACUCUCCAGACGAAGGCCCUAAUGCCGUUACCUGGGGUGUCUUCCCUGGCAAGGAGAUUGUGCAGCCCACCAUUGUCGAGACUGUAUCCUUCCUCGCCUGGAGAGAUGAGUUCUACCGCCUCGGAUCUGACUGGUCUCGUUGCUAUGACGCCACUUCUCCUUCCCGCUACGUAAUCGACGACCUGAUGCAGAACUGGUACCUCGUCAACAUCGUUAACAACGAUUUCCGUGAGCAACGUGGUAUCUUCCCUCUGUUCGAAAGUCUCGAGGUCCCAGAGCUGGACAAGGAGGUCACCGCCCCUGAGGUUCCUCAGCAGGCCAACGGCACCACCAACGGCGACAAGCACGAAGAGAAGAAAGAGGAACCCAAGGUUGGCGAUGGCGACGUUACCGAUUCCAAGAUUCCUGACAGCGUGCACAAGAAGCUUGAGACACAGAUUAACGGUGCCGACGAGAAGGCCGACACCGAGCCCAAGGAUGCACCUGCGCACAACACUGGCGCUGGCCCUUCCAUCGAUGUCUAA